AUGGGCCUCCUCUCUUUGGAAAACACCAACUUCAUUUUGUUGGGAUUCUCAGAUUGGCCCCAUCUGGAACUUCUCUUUGUGGUUAUCUUGAUCUUUUACCUCUUAACCUUGGUUGGCAACACAGUCAUCAUUGUCUUGUCUCAUUGUUCUCAGCUUCACACCCCUAUGUAUUUCUUUCGCUGUCAUCUCUCUUUCUUAGACCUUUGCUACACAAUUAGCACUGUCCCUCAACUGCUGGUUAAUCUGCAUGGAGCUCACCAGAUCAUCACUUAUGGAGGUUGUGUGACUCAACUCUUUAUUACUCUUGCCCUAGGUUCUGCUGAAUGUGUUCUUCUGGUAGGGAUGGCUUUUGAUCAUUAUGUUGCUGUCUGUCAGCCUUUCCAGUGCACUACCACCAUGCAACCCUGGCUCUGCUUUCUGCUUGCUACUAUCUCCUGGUUUGGAGGUUUUGUCAACUCAGUGGCACAGACGGGCUUGAUAACUAUUCUUCUCUGUGGCCUACAUUAUUUGGACCAUUUUUUCUGUGAAAUGCCUGUAUUCUUAAAGUUGGCAUGUAAGGAUAGAGAACAGACAAAAGUCAAGAUGUUUGUAGCCCGGGUCAUCAUUUUGGUAUUACCUGCCUCAUUUACCUUGGGCUCCUAUAUAUGUGUAGUACACACAGUACUGAAUAUUAAGUCAACAGCAAGACAAAGAAAAGCAUUUGAGACAUGUGGGUCUCAUCUCAUGGUAGUCUUUCUUUUCUAUGGAUCUGCCAUCUGUACUUGUCUCCAACCCAUUCAUAGAUACUCCACAAGUCAUGGGAAGUUUGCUGCUCUCUUUUAUACUAUCAUGACUUCAAUGCUCAACCCUCUUAUUUAUACUCUGAGGAAUAAGGAUAUGAAGGCAGCUUUGAGGAAAGUGAUAAAAAGUAAAGAACACUGGGAUAGAGGAAACAAUGAAGCGCUUCCACUAAUAAACUGUUAG